UUUUCACACAGCUCCACAAACAGAAGGCACUCCAUCAAAUCUGACUAGCUCAUCUACCCAGCAAGUGUACGUUCAAGAGUCCGCUACACCCCAUACCCAUAAACAGACUACUGUGUCUUUAACAAGUCCUUCUAUUUCUGUAGUCAACGUUCUGCAAUCAAGGGUUCAACCGCAGUCCAGUUUUCCAGAAGUGUUUGACAUCUCUCAUUAUCCCAACAAACUUCUCCAAAGCAGCAAGCAAAAACCUUCGAAGACUAAAGAUGUCCCCCUGCCUCUCCUUCAUGAACAAGAAAGAGUGCGCUUGAAGAUAUCAUCUCAAGGUGCACUUGGAGUGCCAAUGUUGGGCAGCAAACCAAAGAGGAAUGACCCUUUUGCUGAUCUGCAUAAUCCCAAUUCAAAUCCAGCUAGUGUGUCUGUUACUAUACGGUUCGCGGACUGUGGCAUCGUCGGUUGUUUUCCGCUGUUUUUAGACGUAGCAGAUCUCAUCGGAAGCGGCAGUGACAUUAUGCAAUGGCUGUUGAGGCUUUUGAAGUGGAGAGUAUUGUACUGAAACUUAUGGUUAUUGGGGAUGGAGGAGUUGGGAAGUCAUGUUUCAUCACUAGGUUUGUGGAGGGGAAGUAUACAACUGAUCAUCCUCCUUCACAAUGGAAGAGAGAGCACAGAUUUCAAAAGAAGUUACACCAAGUUGUAGUUGAUGGAAUAACUAUUAACUUGGAAAUAAUGGAGCUAAAUGAUGAGCUGUUCCGACUUACAGAUGUAGCAACAGAAGCUAUUUAUCCUGACGCAAUGAUUGCUGAUUGCUAUAUUUAUCUUUUCGAUCUGGCAAACAAGGAAUCCCUGCAUAGUGUUGGGAACUGGAAGCAUGAGAUGGAGCGUUACAAUGUAGGACCACACCGCAAGCACUCUGUGUGGAUGAUGGCUGGACACACGAUUAAGGAACAGGACUAUUCGAUAUUGAUCACACAGGCUGAGGCAAAGGCAAAGGCUAUGAAAAUGAAGUUCAUGGCAGUGAAUGCCCGUAGUGGAGAAAACAUUGAUAAAGCAGUGCUCACACUUGUUGCUGACACUAUGACACACCAAAAGGCUCAUUGUAAUGACCCUGUUGAUCCAUGGGCCACUUCUGACACUCAACCACCAGUGGAGAGAGCACCCAGUCCUCUGGCAGUAACACAUGAAAAAUAAUAGCAGAGGACAAACGUGUUUUACGACGAAUGUUAAAUAGUGUAUUUUGAUUAUAUUACGUGUAUACAAAUAUUAUCAGACACACAGUAAAAACAAACAUUAUGCAUAAUUAUAGAAUUGCUCAUUUUCAGUGCUAAAAAUGUGUCAUAGUUGUUUGAAUUGUGGUUUACGAGAUAAAACUGGUGAAUGUCUUUGUAACUCCCGGAAAUCAGCACCAUCCCUAUGUACAGGUGGUGUUCCUACAAUGUGUGAUGUGUGACCAUGGCGGUGGAAUUCUUCAAGGAAAUCAGACUCUCCACUUGCUUGGUCAGGAUUGUGUAAUGUGCUAAUGCUUGGUGAAGGAAUCAGUCCACUUGGAAGUGGAGCAUUGAAAUCUACCACUGUGUCUGAGCACAGUGAUGCUAGAUAUAUGCGGAAUCGAUUCACCUCAAAUUGAAGAAACUCGUACUGAUCAAACCACUCCUGCAGUAAAAAUUCCCUCAGUAAACAAUAGAACUUAAGUGUUUAAUUGAGCUCAACAGCACCCCAAUCCUGAUGCUAGUUAUAAUUAUUACGUAUGUAGUUGGCCAAGUUAUAAUCUUUCAGAGGUCGUCUUUGAAAGAAGUGAAUGCAACUAUUUUAAGUAGAGAACUUUUGCAUGAUAAUUACAUAAUUGCCACAGGUGGCUCUUUCUCAGAAAUGUCCCUUAGUUAGCAUCUUGCUACCCAGACCCGACGCCCAGUCACUGAACAACAGGUCCAAAUGCUAAACAACUGCUAUUAGGUUCUGCCCCCUUGUUGACUGCCAAUAGACCCAUGCCCAUGUUGCAUAGUUAUGAUAGAUUGUUUACCAACGAUUGCAUAAUUCAGGUAUAAGUCAUCCAUAAUUCAUUGUCAUGUGUGAGUAUGUAAGGGAUGCUGAUUUUACACUAGCUAGAGGUCAUUGACUGAUCUUGUGAAUAAAGAUUUGCUAAUACUAUUGGCCUCUUGUGCAUGCUGCCCAAGGACACAACGUUACAUAUAGAUAACCUAAAAUGCAGGCAUGCACAUUCCAGGAAGUCCUUACAGUCCAAAUGUUGUAGGGACUAGAGUACACAACUGUUACACCCACCCAAUUUUUCCCCCAUUAGUAUGGUAUGAGCCAGAAUAGUAAAUUGAAAAACUGGUUUUAGCCAUUGAAGUCACUGAAAAACAUACAUACAACAAUUAUAUUGGUACACCCACUCACAUAUC